GAGGGAGCACGACGGCCUCAGUCGCGUCGGGGGAUUGGCCACCGAUCCGCGCGGGCUUGGGGAGCGAGAGAGGGCGGGGGGGAUCGACUGAGAUGACGGAUCCGGGUUUGCCAUGAAACAGGGUGUCCGAGCUGCCACCUACGUCGUAUACACGCCUACUACACACAGACACACGCGCAUACGCAUACGCCUCCCUGGUUUGUGCGGAGCAGAACCGCUCGCCGGGGACGAGAGAGCGACGAGCAAACGAGAGGGCAGCGGGGAGGACGGAGAGGACAAGGGAGGACGAGGACGACAGGGAGGACGGGGAGGACAGGGGACACGGGGGAGCUAGAACGUUCCCAUCCGUCGAGCUAACCACCCCACUGGCUAACGGCGCUUCUCGGCCUUGGAUGUCGUCUGCUAUUCCGAACAGUUCAGGCAAGGUCGCUGUUGGGGAUGCCGAGUUCGAACGAAUUCCCGUCUUCCACCUGGCUCGCUGCCUACGUAUUUAUAUUCCCGGCUUCUGCGCCUGUCUUUGUCUCUGUCUCUGCCUCUCCGUAACCUCCCCCUCCGCCCCUCUCUCUCUCCUCUGCCGUUUUCACCACCGACUUUUGUAAAAGCUGGGCGCCCAGACAUACCCACCAUACGCAUACUAGUAGGCGUGCUGUGUUCCUGUUCUUCUCGCGCUACGACGACCAUCCUGCAAGGCCGAGACCCCUCCUCGCAAUGGCCGCGGUGAGACAGUUCCCCACCAUCAAGGCCAUACGGUCCUACGUAAUCGAUGGCGUGGGUUCAGCUGCCGGACCGCGCAGGCUGAUCGACACCGACAUCUCUACGCCGUGUUCUAUCUGGGACCAGUACAAGAAAUCGCGGACCAGCUGGGGCAUCAACGUCCUCGGGUCGUUCCUCGUCGAGGUCGAGGCCAGCGAUGGCACUGUCGGUUUCGCCACGGGCUUCGGCGGCCCUCCCGCGUGCUGGAUCGUCCACAAGCACUUCGAACGGUUCCUGAUCGGGGCUGACCCUAGAAACACGAACCUGCUAUUCGAGCAGAUGUACCGGGCUUCCAUGUUCUACGGCCGCAAGGGCCUGCCGAUCGCCAUCAUCUCGGUCAUCGACCUGGCGCUGUGGGAUCUGCUCGGCAAGCUGAGGAACGAGCCGGUGUACAGGCUCAUCGGCGGCGCCGCUCGGGAGCGCAUCAACUUCUACUGCACCGGGCCGGAGCCGGCGGCGGCCAAGGCGAUGGGCUUCUGGGGCGCCAAGGUGCCGCUGCCGUACUGCCCGGCCGACGGCCACGAGGGCCUGCGGAAGAACAUUGCGUUCCUCCGCAAGCACCGCGAGAGCGUCGGCCCGGACUUCCCCAUCAUGGUCGACUGCUACAUGAGCCUGAACGUGCCGUACACGAUCGAGAUCGCCAAGAAGUGCGAGGACCUCGACAUCAACUGGUGGGAGGAGUGCUUGACGCCCGACGACACCGACGGCUUCAAGCAGAUCAAGCAGGCCCACCCGACGCUCAAGUUCACGACGGGAGAGCACGAGUACUCGCGGUACGGCUUCCGCAAGCUGAUCGAGGACCGCACGCUCGACAUCAUCCAGCCGGACGUGAUGUGGCUCGGGGGCCUGACGGAGCUGCUCAAGGUGUCGGCGAUGGCGGCCGCGUACGACAUCCCCGUGGUGCCGCACGCGAGCGGGCCGUACAGCUACCACUUCGUCAUCUCGCAGCCCAACACGCCCUUCCAGGAGUACCUGGCCAACUCGCCCGACGGGAAGAGCGUGCUGCCCGUCUUCGGGGACCUCUUCCUCGACGAGCCCAUCCCGACCCGGGGCUACCUGACCGCGGCCGACCUCGACAAGCCCGGCUUCGGCCUGACCAUCAACCCGGUCGCGCGGUCCAAGCUGAUCCCGUCGCAGUACCUGCUGACGCCCCCGCCGGCCAACGUCCUGCAGACCGCCACAGGGCUGCCCGAGCCGGAAGCCGCCGCGGGCUCGAAGGCGGCGGCGUCGUCGUCGUAAAAACAUCUGUCAAGUAAUUACCUACCUACGUCCCGAUAUUCAAACGACGGCUUGAAAGUUUACCCACCCACACCGACUGUUGUCGCUGCUGAGAGCUUCGUACGUGUACGUGCGCGUGCGGAACCUGAGUUCGGGCGGAGGCGUGUACGUAAUGUGACCGAAGAGAGUAGCAUGAUGAAGAGGAGGAAGACGCGGGAGAAAGAGGGCGACAUGGCCCCAUAUACCUACCUACCUACCUACCUACCUACACAGACACACCUGACAGCGGCAGCAGCAGCAGCAGCAGCAGCAGCAGCAGCACAGCUCGGUCGAGGCGCCGGGGCGCCCGGGAAUGCUGCCGAGAGAUUUGAGGUGGCGGGAUCUCGCGCGCAUAGCCGACUUUUUUCUGGCCCUGCCGUUGCCGGCCGUCGACAUGCUGGAUGGGUGGAUGGGUGGAUGGGGACGCACGGAUGGACGGGAUCGGCAGAAGCGAGAGACAAGAACAAGGACAGCCUACCCUGCGAUAUACGCACCAUGCAUAUAUGUACAGAGCAGCACAGACAACACAUGUACCGACGCAGAUGCACAUAAAUAUAGGUAUGUGUAUAAUAUAUAUACCUAGGUCUGUGGUUAUACACACGCACACA